UUAGGUUUUCUGUUUUAGUUUGAUUUGUAGGUAUUAAACUAAAUUGAGCUGCCUUGUUUCUCUUUUAAAAAAGUGUGAAUUUCUUUUCUUCUUUGAAGAUCAAAUUUUGAUUCAUUUUAAUGGUACUUUUUAUAGUAACCUGAGAUUAAUCUUUAGUUUUUUUGAGGUCUUAUGUUCAGAAACAUGUUUAAAAUUGGAAAAUCUGUUAAAUUUUUUUCUUUACUUUUCAUCUAAUAAAAGAAACUGAGUAACUUUGCACAUUAAAUUUUGUUUAUUUUUCUUAAAAUAUCUAUCUAUCUAUCUAUCUAUCUAUCUAUAUAUUAUAUUUCAGGCGGUUUCUUUGGUAUUCUGGAAAACAGGCCCCUAGUGAACAGAAGAAAUUAGCAAAGGAAAACCCAACACUCUAUUUCCUUCCAUUUUUUUCCUUUUACUAUAAAGGGAAAUUCUAGAUUUUCGUCUUUUUUACUUUUCAAGUUGCCACCUGCCAUUUAUUUCAAGUUCUCUUUUUUCUGUUAUCCUUUUCUCAGCAACCAAACAGACCCUUUGAUGGGGUUUGCUUGGUAGCCAGCUAAGUCUAAAAAUGUUGAGAGCUUUUUUAUCCAUUUUCUAUCUAGUACAUGUUUACCUCCUUCCCUAGAUGGGGAGGCUAAUGGCAAAAAACUUUGGAUCUAUAAGAAGGGAACAAACAAGUUGUGUUUUGAUAGUGGGUUUUGGAUUAUAGAAGCAAUGAGGCAUUUUUCCUCCAUGUUCAAUGGGUUGGCGAGGUCGUUUUCGAUGCGAAGAGGGAAGAAUUCGAGCAAUGGUGAUGGAAGAGAAGCUGCUGAGACAAUGGCAAAAGAUGCAAAGAAACAUGACAUGAUUUUGAGGUCUUCUGGUUUUGUAAAUGUUGAUGGUUCUAACAAUUUGGCCUCAGUUUGUUCCAAGAGAGGCAGGAAAGGAGUGAACCAGGAUUGUGCUAUUGUAUGGGAGGGAUUUGGAAGUCAAGCAGACAUGUUGUUUUGUGGCAUAUUUGAUGGUCAUGGUCCAUGGGGUCAUUUCGUAGCGAAAAAGGUUCGAGAAUCGAUGCCUUCGUCCUUGCUUUGCAAUUGGCAAGAGACUCUAGCUCAGACAUCGCUCGACCCGGAUUUGGAAUCUGAUAAAAAGCAUCAGAGGUUUCAUAUAUGGAAGCAUUCUUAUCUGAAGACUUGUGCUGCUGUCGAUCACGAGCUCGAACAAUAUCGAAAAAUCGAUUCGUUUUACAGUGGAACAACCGCCUUGACAAUUGUCAGACAGGGAGACAUCAUAUACGUAGCCAAUGUCGGUGAUUCUCGGGCUGUUUUGGCAACGAAUUCCGAUGAUGGAAACUUGGUUCCCGUUCAGCUUACUGUUGAUUUCAAACCAAAUUUACCUCAGGAGAGUGAGCGGAUAAUUCAGUGCAAAGGUCGCGUUUUCUGCAUGCACGAUGAACCAGGGGUACACAGAGUUUGGCUGCCUAAUGAAGAGUCACCAGGACUAGCAAUGUCUAGAGCUUUUGGCGAUUACUGCAUUAAGGACUACGGUCUUAUUUCGGUUCCUGAAGUCACACAUAGACAUAUAACCAACAAAGACCAAUUCGUCGUGCUCGCCACCGAUGGGGUAUGGGAUGUAGUUUCCAAUCAGGAAGCAAUUCAAAUAGUAUCUUCGACACCAGACAAGGCGAAGGCAGCGAAGCGUUUAGUCGAGUUUGCGGCCUGUGCUUGGAAGAAGAAAAGGAAAGGCAUUGCAAUGGAUGAUAUUUCCGCUAUCUGCCUCUUCUUCCACUCAUCUCACCAUGAAGUUAAUCUUGUAACAACUUCAAAAUAGUGUGUAUUUAAAUGAGCAAAUGGUGGCUGCUCUUAAAGUUUAUUACAACUAUAUUAUAUAUUUAGUUAAUCAGAAAGUAUUCAUUUCAUGCUCA